AUGGCGAAUCGCUUACGUCCGUCGGCUAGCCCGCCAUUAUCGAAUGGUAGGCCUAAUUCCGGCGUGUUCGAGGAAGGCACUCUUGAGACACAUAGCAACAAUGGUGUUCGAAGAGCCAGAUCUUCUCGGACUAGUACCACACGUACUGAGAGAUUCCGACUCAGAGGAAGUCCUAAAAUCUCAAGGAAUCGGUUAUCGACAGCAUCAUCGAACCCACAGGUUCGAACCUAUCAUCAGUCUAUGGGUGGCAUGAUCAAUCAAAGGCCAUUGGAUGCAGGACUUGCUGGGUUAGCAAGAGAACAAGAUCAACGACAUGAUUGGGAGAUGACUCGUCCGGACUUGAAACGAUUUCAUUCAAAUCCAAGUGCUCCUACAGCUGCACCGGCAAAUGAGGCAGAAGGAGAAAAUGGCCAAAUGCAAUCCAAUCGCGAUGUGUCCAUACAAGAAGCGCCGCCGGAUAUAAACAUGUCGAACCCUCCUUCAGAUCUAAGGAGCAUGAUGCUUUCAUCCAGUCCUGUACCGGAAAUUGUCGAGAAUCGCGGAAUGUUCAAGCAGCUUGAAACAAAUAUCAUCACCGAGGAACAGUUGAUCAGCGAAGUGCGAGUCAUAUAUAAGGGACUCACCCUAGUUGAGCAAAAAUGCAAAGAUAUCGACGAGGAACAAACCAAAUCACAGACUGAGUUGACAGCUCCACAAUGGGCUGCUAUGAUUUCUCUGCACCGGACUCUGCUCUAUGAGCACCAUGACUUUUUACUCGCCUCAAAACAUCCAUCAGCCACUCCUUUGCUGACACGCCUCGCGGAUCAAUACUACAUGCCUGCGCGAAUGUGGCGCCACGGAAUUCAUUCAUUCUUAGAAGUCAUGCGACAGCAGUUGCCCAAAUCUAUGGAUUUUUUACUGAGCUACAUAUAUGUCUCGUAUUCAAUGAUAUCAUUGCUUUUGGAAAGUGUCGGUGCAUUCAAAGAAACGUGGAUGGAGUGCUUGGGUGAUCUCGCUCGGUACCGUAUGGCCAUCGAAGAAUCAGAUAUGGGACAACGGGAGACUUGGGCAGGGAUAUCACGAUACUGGUAUAACCAAGAUGCACUUAUCAUUCCUGAACAAGGGCGAAUUCAGCACCACCUCGCGGUGUUAGCUCGACCCGAUGGAUUGAGACAGCUAUUUCACUAUACCAAGGCUUUGGUUAGCGUGAUCCCAUUUGAGAAUGCCCAGGAGAGUAUCGCUCUUCUUUUCAAACCCACAAAUAAUAAGGGAAAAGAGGGAAUGGAGCGCAGACAAAACCCAAUGAUCUCGGCCUUUAUCGCUACACACGGGAUUCUAUUCACGGGAGGCUCCAAGGAGCAGUUCAUCAUCUUGGCUAAGAGAUUUCUAUCAUUUCUACGAAGGGAACUCCCUCGGCUGAAUCGAAAUCCGCAGGAAGGGAUCUACCUGGUAUCCAGUAACUUUGCGUCAAUAUUGCAAUAUGGUCAUCCGAAGACGAUGGAGACAUUGGGAUGGACUUUUAGCUCAGCGCCAAACAAUGAAACAUCAGAUUCCAGCCAACCCGCCAUAUCAAAUCUAAUCUCAGAGGCUCCUUCUCAAGGAGCGUAUCUUGCAGUUCAUACACUUGCUUUCUUUCUUGAGCAAAAUGGCAGUCCGGCAAUGGAUUGGAGCGCUCAUACUUCCCUCGCGUUUAUCUGGUGCUUAAUUCUGAGUCCUCCCGCCAUGCAACGACUAGAGACGAUAAUCCCGUGGCUACCAGUUGCCAGCUAUCUCAACAGAUUAUUUCGACCUGAUACAGACUUCUCACAUAUCGAGCACGAAUCAUUUCCUAUUCGCCUCGACGAAGACAGACAGCAACUCACAGAAGAUUUUUUCAUUCGUGGACAAGUUUGGAGUCAACAAUACCAUCCACCUGGGUUUUUCGACAAUGCCUCAUCAGAAGAUAACAGGCCUACUGUGGAGGAAGAGGCUACAAUAGUACAAAGACAAAAUCGAUGCCUCUGGUUGGGUGUACGAAUAGCGAUGAUCGGUCGCUGGAUAACAUACACCCGCAACGGGGGAUUCGCACCAACACAGUUCGCAUAUGACUUUUCUUCUGUAGCGGCCACUUGCGGAGGACUCAACAGGAGCGUACCUACAACCCUCGACCGCGACAUGAGCUGA